CACACCUAAUUAAUUCAUUUACAAUUAUGUCGCCAAAACCACUAGUUCAAUUUAAAUUCCCACCCCAAAUAUGUUUCAACAUUUAUAGCUUGAAAUUAGACCCAUUAUAAUGGCUCAUACAGUUUCAAAGAAGAAUGUCGUGGAUGAACUAUCACUUGAGGAAUAUUUUUGAAAUAAAAUAAUAAGUAAUAAAUAUUUCUAUACUUCAAAAAAAAAAAAAAAAAAAAAGAGGAUCCACUUCCUUCUACGCUUCUACCUACCCCUCUCUCUCUCUAGAACUCAACUACUACGACACCCACCGAGAAGAGAAGCCAACCAACUACCCACAAACAAACAAAGAGAACUUUCCCUUUCCUUUCUGCAAUUUCUUUUCAUUUUCUUCUUCCCUUCUUCAAUUCCUGCAUUUUACUACUUCUCUUCUUUCUCUCACAAUCUAUCUCUUUCUUGCCAACUUUUUCUUCUGGGGUUUUACAAAUGGAGGCGAAGCUGUUGAGAGCUGCCUCUCCCACCGUGUCCGGCCCCUGCAUUUCCAAGCCCUCGCGCCGUUUCGCCCACAAAAAAUGGCAAACAAAUCGCGCCGUCCGCUUUCAGAAUUCGAGUAUUGUCCCUCUCACAAUUCGAGCUUCCGCAGCUACUCUUGGGUUGGAACCAAAGCAUAGGAUAGAUGAGAGCGAGUGCUAUACCCUUGAUGGUAUCAGAAACUCAUUGAUACGGCAAGAGGAUAGCAUUAUAUUUGGUCUUGUGGAGAGAGCUCAAUUUUGUUACAAUGGAGAAACAUAUGAUCCUAAUGCUUUUGCCAUGAAAGGAUUCAGUGGCUCUUUGAUUGAGUACAUGGUCAAAGAAACUGAAAAGCUUCAUGCAACAGUUGGAAGAUACAAGAGUCCUGACGAGCAUCCUUUCUUCCCUGAUACUCUACCGGAGCCACUGUUGCCUCCCCUUGAGUAUCCACAGGUUCUCCAUCCUGCAGCAGACUCAAUCAAUAUUAAUGGUCAGAUUUGGGACAUGUAUUUCAAGAAUCUCCUCCCCAGAUUAGUUAAAGAAGGUCAUGAUGGUAAUUGUGGAUCCUCUGCUACUUGUGACACAAUUUGUUUGCAGGCCCUGUCAAAGAGAAUUCACUAUGGUAAAUUUGUUGCUGAAGCAAAAUUCCGGGAAUCUCCUGAUGUCUACAAAGCUGCCAUUAUAGCACAAGACAGAGAUGGACUAAUGGAUUUGCUUACAUACCCAGAGGUCGAAGAGGUUAUCAGGAGAAGAGUUGAGAUGAAAACCCGGACAUACGGGCAAGAAGUGACUCUCUCUGGAAGCGAAGACAACACUGAAGCGGUGUACAAAAUCAAACCAAGCAUAGUUGCUGAUCUUUACUGGGAUUGGAUCAUGCCAUUGACAAAGCAAGUUCAGGUUGAGUAUCUUUUGAGAAGACUCGAUUAAAUUGAACGAGGAAAGGAUGGCGUUCAAGAAGAGGAUCUGAAUCUGUUUAUAACAUAACAUGCUGCUUCCAUAAUUAUUAGCUCAUUAUAGAUGAUAGUUUGCAGAGCCUUUACAUUUGUUGAAUCAAUGUUGAAGAACUUUUGCUGUGAAUGAUUGUGGACUGCUUAAUCGGUGAAAGUUUCAAAUAGUAUGAUUUUGUGUAUUUAUAAAAUUAAUGUUUUUAAAA